UUGUCUCUUCUUGUCCUUCUAGAGAGAGAGAGAGAGUACGACGUCGUAUGCUCUCUUUUUCGUCUUCCCAAAAUCUUUUUCUUUGCUUUCCCCCUCCCUCUCACUGUCAAAACAGGAGCUGCAGAGAGAAACCAACAUCGUUUGUUUGUAGGGUUCAAUGUUUUGUUUUGCUACGUAUCUCUCUCUAUAUCCCUUUUCACCCAUAUCUCCAUUUGAAGCAUCUCACCUGCUAUUAUUAUUAUUAUUAAUAAAUUUUGCUUAUUUCGGUUCAAGAGGCUUCAUUUAUGACGUCUGAUGAAAUGGGUUUGGUCUUCCAAAACGAGGGCUUUCGGUUCAAUCCACCGCCGCGAGGAGGAGGAGGAGUCGUCUCUGUUGCCGACCCGGGUCCGAAGACCCGAGAGCUUAGCGUCUUCACUGGCGAUCACCACCGCUUCUUUCGGCCGCAGGAGGCGGCGGAGCUACGUCACACUAUGUACGUCGACGAUCGGCCGGAAAUCCACCGCCAGCAGGAUUGGAACGUUAAUGGAAGUCUGCCGGGUUCUACAAGAAGGAUCGACGGAUCCGAGGAUGAAGAAGACGAGGAGGAAGAAGAUUGCGACGAAGAUGAUCAGGAUGUCGUCGGUAGAGAUGGAAAUGUUAAAGCAAUCGACGGCGCCGGUGAAAGAAACAACGGCAGCAAUAUCACCACUGAACGUAGUACUAACACUGAUAUUACUAUUGUUAACGUUGGAUCCAAUAGGGAAUUUUUCGGAAAGUAUGAUAAUGUGAUGCUCCUUGGAAAUGGGAAUGAUAACAGUAAUUCAAGAGGCAGCAAUCCAAGUGAGAGUAACCAUUCCCUGUAUCUGCAGGGGGCUGAAGGUUCUGGCAGUAGGAAAAAGCAAUUGACUGAAGAUGGCUGUGGGUUUAGUGGGUCAAGAGAUUACUCAGAGUUCUUGAGAAGGAUUUUUUCUGAUCCAUUAACUGGGGAAAUCAUGAAUGAUGGUGUAAUACUGCCUUGUGGACAUUCAUUUGGAGGUGGUGGAAUACAACAUGUUCUUAGAAUGAAAGCAUGCUACACAUGUUCCAGACCGAUAUCAGAAGAGGCGGUGACGCCAAAUUUAUCUCUAAGGGCUGCUGUACAGGCUUUCCUAAGGGAAGAAGAACUGCAGAUUCACCGCCCAUCUAAAAGAAGAAGAGGAGAAAGAUUUGAACAGGAUAGAGGAGUUCAUCCUAUUGAUUCAUUAUCUAUGGACCAACCAAGGGGCAGAGGUGUUCAGUUUCCUUUUUCUGUGAUGGACCGGGUGAUUAUACAGGGUAACAAGAGGACACCACAGCGAUUUGUUGGACGCAAAGCUAUUGUAACAGCACAGUGCCUAAAUGGAUGGUAUGUGGUUAAGACCUUGGAUAAUGCAGAGAGUGUUAAGUUACAAUAUAGGUCCCUUGCCAAAGCACCCGAUGAUCAUCAGUCGUCAUCGCUAGGGCAAGUUCCGAACAAGAUGGCGCCAAACUGGCUAUUUUCUAGCUCGAAAGAACCUGCCAGAUACACAAACUAGUAUUUCUUCUUCUAAACCACUAUUAUCAUCACAAUUAGGAUUGUUUUUCAAAUCCUUAAUGCAGUAAUUAUUAUC